UUUAGUUAUUCUUGUUUUUUUUUCAUUUUACUUUUCUAUUACAAAAAUUAUACUUGAAAAGGCGUUUUCAAGUAGAUGAAUUAUAUUAAUUACCAACUAAUUUUUUAAUUAAUUAGAGUAUUAUCUGAAUGCUAAUUGUUUUCAUAAUUUGAACUCACUUUUGGGCUGAUGAAUAGUAAAUGAAUGAAAUCACAAGACUACUAAGACUUAAUUUUAAUAAAUUAAUAUAUAUAUUCAUUACUAGACUAACACUAACCAAAUCUAAGGCUUUUUAGAGUUUAGACUCUAAGGCUAUCUGAGCAAGCUAUGAAGACUGCUUGAGUUGUACAUAAAUAAAAAUUAAAUUAAAAUCUAUAAUAUAAAAUAAAGAAGUCUAUUUAUUAAAAAAGUUAAUUUAGUUAUUAAAAAAGUUAAUUUAGUUAGAAGAUAAAAAAUCUAAUAAAUAUAAAAAUUCAAAAAAUCUAAGGAAAGAGAAAUUAUUAGACUGCAACUUAUAGGUAGAACCUCGUUUAAAAUAUGAACGUAUGGGAAAUGGAUUGUCAUCAAUUGUCAAUCGGGAUUCGGUUUCUUGUCUGGCAGUUCAUUCUAAAUUCCUAGCAGUGGGCACACACUGGGGAAGCAUCUAUAUUAUGGACCAUGUUGGCAAUGUUAUUGAGCAGAAGCACAAAUUGAUAAUGCAUUCAACAACAGUGAAUCAGAUGAGCAUAGAUGCUUCUGGUGACUACAUUGUUAGCUGCUCUGAUGAUGGCAAGGUUAUUUUGAAUGGUUUAUACACAUCUGAAAAUAACCAAGUAGUGAACUUGAACCGUCCAAUCAAAUCAGUUGCCAUCGACCCAAACUUCAGCAAGAAUAAGAGUAACAAGCAUUUCAUAGCUGGCGACAACAAGUUGAUCUUGUAUGAGAAGAGCUUUUUGAAUCGCAUGAAGACCUACAUUCUGCACCAGGGGGAGUCCAGCAUUCAAAACAUCAAGUGGAGGUCUUCACUUGUCGCUUGGUCUUUCCAGCAGGGAGUGAAUGUGUAUGACAUGUCAGUUAGGAAACGUAUCAGUAAGAUACCACGUCACAUUCAACCUGGGUUUGUUCCUUGCAUCUUGAACUGGAAGGAUGACGUCACAUUGAUCAUUGGCUGGAAUAAUGUCAUACAGGUCUGUUUGGUUAAAGAACCAGUAACAACGAAGGAUGAUAAAGAACCACCGACCAGAUACAUGGAAAUUAUCGCAGUGAAGAUGAUGGACUUUGUGAUAGCAGGCAUCUGCCCACACAACAAAAACUUCAUCGUACUUUCAUAUGCAGAGCAGGACAGCCACCAAGAUGCCGCCACAGAUGAGUACGCCCCAUGCCGACCGCACAUAAGAGUAAUUGAUUCGCAGACGGGUGAGGAGGUCUCCAAUGAUGCCCUCUCCAUCAAGGGCUUCCAGUCCUACAAGUGUGUCGACUAUCAUCUCGAGUGCAACGUGGAUGAGUGCAUGCUGUUCAUCGUCAGUCCUAAGGACGUAGUGGUGGCCAGGCAGAGAGAUGAAGAUGAUCACAUCGACUGGCUCAUCGAACAUGAAGCCUUCCAGGAAGCGCUGGAAUUCGCUUUGAAAAAUGUAAAGAUGCUUAAGAGAAUCACAACGCAAGAUGUUGGGUUCCACUGGUUCAACAGUCUACUCGAAGAUGAGAAGUACAAGGAGGCAGCUGAGCUGUGCAGCAGGAUUCUUGGCAGGAACAAGGAGUUAUGGGAGACCAAUGUCAUUAGGUUCAAACAAUUUAAUCAACUGGCUGCAUUGGCUCCCUUCAUCCCCACAGAGAGUCCCACUUUAGAUAGGGACAUCUACGACAUGGUACUCUACGAGUUCAUCCAGAACAAAAAUGAUACCAUGCUCCUGGAUCUAAUAAAAAGGUGGCCAAGCGACGUAUACACGGUGGAGAUGAUCGUGCACAUGGUUAUGGACGAGCUUGAAGUUGACAGGAACAACACCAUGCUGCUCGAAUCACUUGGAUAUCUUUACACCCUGGACGGCAAAUAUGAGAAAGCCUUGUAUAUUUUCAUCAAAUUGGGGCACAAGGACAUAUUCGAUCUCAUAUUCAAGCACAACCUGUACAACGAGGUCAGCUGUCACGUGAUCACCAUCAUGAACUUUGACCCGGACACAACAGUCAACAUGCUCAUCAACAACCUCGACAAAAUACCGAUGAAGACAGUUGUUUCACAGUUGAAGUCCCAACCAAAAUUUUUACAUUCCUACCUCUCCCAGUUGUUCCUGAAGGACCAGCACAUUGGCAAGGAGUAUCACCAGAUGCAAGUAGAGUUGUAUGCAGAGUUUGACAGGUCAAAACUUAUGCACUUCCUGAAGAGCAGCUCCUACAUAACACUGUCCGAGAGUUUGGAAAUUUGCAGAGCUAAGGAUCUCGUGCCUGAGAUGGUCUUCCUACUUGAUAGGAUGGGAAAUACGAAAGAAGCCCUCCAACUGACGCUGAAGAGAGGACAGAGCGUGAAAGAGGCCAUCGACUUCUGCAUGCAGCACCUUGAUAAGGAGCUCUGGCAAGAUCUCAUCAACUACGCCAUUGACAAACCAGAGUACAUAAGUGUCCUGUUGAAUAACGUUGGCGGCCACAUCGAUCCAGUGUCACUCAUCAGUCGGAUAAAGAACCGCAUGGAGAUACCCGGACUAAGGGACUCCCUGGUCACCAUCUUGCAUGAUUGCAGCCUGCAGAUAUCUCUGCAAAAGACAUGUGGUAAUUUGUUGAACACAGAUUGCAUUGAAAUGUUCAAACUCUGGCACACCCUGCAAUCACUUGCGACCAGGAUUGACGGUUAUAUCGUAUGUUCUAACUGUUCAAAAAAACUUCUACAAAACUCAGAAGAUAGAAACGACGAGUUAGUCAUCUUCCAGUGUCGACAUGCUUUCCACACACACUGCGUCCUCUACGACGAUCUCGUUGCGUGCCCAAUAUGCUGUCUACAAAAAAGUCAUCGUAGCUCUUUCAUGUUUUCCUAGCGUUUCUUGCGUUUUUCGUAUUUAAAAUUAUUUAUUUUUGAGCAUUUUUAAUAAAAACUAUUUUGCUUAUUAGGCCUUGAUGAUUUUUUCGAUAGAGUUAACGGUUCGCCCGCUUUAUAUUAACUUUUGUUAAAUGUCAUUUAAAAUUAAUUUUUUUUAUUUAAAAACUUUUUACGCGUUUUUAAAUUUGAAUGAUCAAGUUUAGUCCUUUCGUGUCGCGUCGUCUUCGUUGUCAUGAGCUAGACAAACCAAGAUGUAGAAGCAUUCAGUAUUUUAUAAUGUUUUAAUGUUUUUUAAAUGUCCAUUUUUUGACAUUAGCGAUAAAUAACCCCGAUAUUAUAACUUGAAACAUUUUACUUAUUUGCUAAUUUUCGGGAAAAAUAUUUUGAACAUGAUGAAAUU